AUGGCGCGACUGAGCGACCUUCCUACCGAAGUUCUUGAACUGAUUAUUAAUGAGCUCUAUAACCUCAACCCCAGAAAAGCCAAAAAGUCCGACAAGUUCCCUGGCUACCCGGAUCUGAGUCGACUAGCGAGAACCAACCAGAAGCUGCAGCAUCUCAUUCAGCCUAUUAUCUUCUGCGAGCAGUGCAGCGACGACGAUCUAUGGCCUGUUUAUGGUGAAUACGGCCGGUGGAAUGACAUCAAACCCAAGCGCGCCCUCUCAUUGCCAACAAAGGCACUUUUUUAUGCAUCAAUGAACGGCCAAGAGGCGGGUGUCAAGAAGGCGCUUCAGUACUGCAAAAAGGGUCUCGGCUGUGCACUCUGGGUAGCAUCACAAUACCUAUGGACUCGCAGGGAGAAGAUAGUGAGACUUCUGCUUGCCGAAUACUAUGUGGACAAGUCUGGAAAGAAGCCGCUGCUCUGUGCACUCGGUCGUGCUGCACGAUCUGGGAGCAUCUCACUCAUCGACGCCGUUUUAGAGCGCGUGGAAGCGCAGGGGCUGGACCUAAAAGAAUUGGGCACCUAUAACUACUUUCUAUUGCAGGAAGCGGCGGAGGGCCUCCGGGGAAACCUGGAACAUUUACUCAAGCUGGAAAAGAUCGACAUCAACGCCAAAGACGACAUGGGUCGAACGCUGUUCGCCGCGGCCUGGCAAAGUGGGAAAGAUGACCUCGUCCAGUCGCUCAUCAGCACGGGAAAAGUCAACGUGGACGAGCGAGAUGAAUGGGGAAGAACGCCAUUACAUCUCUUGAUACACCAUGGAAGUUGGUCGACAGCGGAAAUACUCAUCCGGACGGACAAAUCCCACAGCUGGGAAGGCGUCAAGCUGUUGCUCGACACCGGAAAGAUCGACGUGAAUGAUCUAGGCGGCGAGCAUUGCUCUAAAAGAGAAGCACCACUGCACCGUGCAGCUAAGGAGGGCCACCGCCAGUCCGUUAAGCUCUUACUCGGCGCCGAGGGGAUAGAGGUCAAUCUAGGCGACGGCGGGGAGAACACCGCUCUUCACGUUGCGGCUCGAGCCAACCGCCCAGACGUGGUAGAGCUGCUGCUGGCGGAUCCAAGAGUUCAUGUCGAUGCAAGCAACAAGCGCGAAAAGACCGCUCUUCACCUUGCGGUUGAUGCCAAGUGUAAGGAAGUCGUAAUGCUGCUGCUGAUGGAUUCAAGAGUCUCAGUCAAUGCGCGCGAGGAGUAUGGCCUGACCGCUCUUCACCUCGCAGUUGAAGCCGAGUGCCAGGAAGUCCUAACGAUACUGCUGGCGGAUCCAAGAGUCCAAGCCGAUGCGGGAGACUCUUGCGGCGAAACCCCUCUCCAGCGAGCCAGACGGCAGAAGUGCCCCAGUCCCAUCAUCAAUAAGCUGCGCUAUGCCGAGAAGAAGAAGCUGUGCGGUGCCGGGGCGAACGGGAGCGAUUCCGAGGCCAACAUGGGACAGGCCAAGAGGCUUAGGUCCCCUGAUGUCAUGAUCCAGAAGCCGAGCGAUGCCGAGGCCAACGGGGGACGCAGAAAACGACAACGGCGAUCAGCCAGCGGAAAGGGUUAA